AUGACAUAUCUUUCUUUGAGGAACGAGGAAUACUCUCAAAAGAUGAAAUCAGCCAUUUCUGUUCUGGGUGUUGGGGUGUUGCCCUUGUUAUCCCUAGCUAGCAACACACCAGGAUUCAGAGACGCAGAAGCAAGUCCCUUCACCGCCUUCCAAUUUGAAGAUAAUGGAUCAUGGAUUGCAAAUAUUGCUAAUCGGCCGAAUAACGAUCUCGUUAUAACCCGAACCGAUGUACCAGAAGUAUGGACAAUCAAUGUGGACGAAGGAACUGCUCAGGUGGCAACGAACAUCUCGGACGCGAAUAACUUGAUCGGGAUUUCAUCUAUUGAUGACGACGAAUACGUUGUCAUUGCUGGAAACCUGGACACUACCACCCUCACACCAGAGGCAGGCUCAUUCUCAGCUUGGAAAGUCUCUAUCGACGGAGAUGGUGUCGGUACGGCCAACUUGAUUGCUGCAAUUCCCGACGCUCAAUUCUUACAUGGAGUGGUGACAUUUCAAAAGACGAGAGAUACUGUUAAUGUCCUCAUUGCAGACGCUGGUCAGGGUGCACUCUACAAGCUAGAUACGGCAAACGGCGAAUACUCAAUUGUGAUUCAAGACGACGGCCUAGCUGGAGUGAACAACCUGCGCAUGCAAAACGGAUAUCUUUACUUCACCGCAACCCAAAACAAAGUCUUUGGUCGUGUGCCUCUUGAUCUCGAGGAGGGGACUGCCGUUGGACCUAUAGAAACUAUUCUGAACGACCAGACUAUUGUCCCGGAUGGUUUUGCUUUGGCUCCAAAUGGAAGUGUGGCUUUUAUGGCGACCUUCGUCCAAAAUUCUAUUAUCGCAAUUGACCUUGAUGAUGAAAAUUAUCCAACAAGCAUUAUAUACGGUGGCAUCAACUCAACUGAUAUUGCAGGGCCAACCACUGUUCAGUUCGUCCACAAUGGGCCAUGGGAAAUACUUUAUAUCGCGACAAAUGGUGGCCAAACUGCACCUGUUGGAGGAAGCUUCAUAGAACCGGCAAAAAUAGCUGGCAUGUAUCUUUUCUGAGCUCUAGCACAUGUA